AUGAAAAGGCGAUAUUCGGAAUCAACUCGACGAGCACUAUCCAACCAUCGUAAUCUUAAUAAAAUUACUCAAGAAGAUUUAUUUCCUCUUCCACGAGCAGAUGAUACUGUUGAACAAUUACACGGUUCAAAGUGCUUCACCAAAUUAGAUUUUAAGUUGGGUUAUUUCCAGAUGCCUAUUAGUGAGCGAAAUAAAUCAAAGACAGCAUUCGUCACUGAUGAAGGUCUUCAUGAAUUUAAUAGAUUAUUUCCAGGAAUGCUAUAUUCAUCACCAACAUUUCAACGAAUUAUGUACGCAUCAUUUAAAAAUCAAAUUAGAAAAUGUGUGUUAGAUGAUAUCAUUCUUUAUUCUAAAACAACAGAAGAUCAUAUUAAACAUUUAAAAGAAAUAUAA